AUGGCAUUCCCUAGGAACGAGGUACAAACCAUGUUGGAGAGAUUUGGAGGCAAGUUUAUCACAAUGUCAUUUAUUUUUGCUAGUUAAUAGCAAUAUCUUCAAUAUAAAAAAAACAACCUGUUGAUUAAAGUUGUCUUAACCAAAGGUAGGCUUGUGCUAUGUUCUUUAAUAAAUGUUUGUCUCAAAAUGGUAUUCGUUUCAUAGCUGAUAUAAGCAAAGCCAUGCUGGCCAAGAGGAAACGUUUGGAGACCUUCACCAAGAGCUCACUGAAGGGCAGCAAUCAGAAACUGGAGCAGCUGUGGAAUACCCAGUAUGCACAAAGGUAACAACACGUGCUGAGACCAGAGAUUGUUUGAGGCAGUGUCAGCCCUCCUUCACCUCAGCUACACCUACUGGCAUUGAAUAGUGAAUGUACACACAGAUGGUACCCAGUUUGUCAUGUACACUACUGUUCAAAAGUUUGGGGUCACUUAGGAAUUUCCUUGUUUUCGAAAGAAAAGCAAAACAUUUUGUCCAUUAAAAUAGCAACAAAUUGAUCAGAAAUACAGUGUAGACAUUGUUAAUGUUGUAAAUGGCUAUUGUAGCUGGAAACGGCUGAUUUUUAAUGGAAUAUCUACAUAGGCGUACAGAGGCCAAUUAUCAGCAACCAUCAGUCCUGUGUUCCAAUGGCACGUUUUGUUUGCUAAUCCAAGUUUAUCAUUUAAAAGGCUAAUUGAUCAUUAGAAAACCCUUUUGCAAUUAUGUUAGCACAGCUGAAAACUGUUGUGCUGAUUAAAGAAGCAAUAAAACUGGCCUUCUUGAGACUAGUUGAGUAUCUGCGCUGUUCUGUGAAGGGAGUAGGACACAGCGUUGUACAACAUCUUCAGUUUCUUGGCAAUUUCUCGCAUGGAAUAGCCUUCAUUUCUCAGAACAAGAAUAGACUGAUGAGUUUCAGAAAAAAGUUAUUUGUUUCUGGCCAUUUUGAUCCUGUAAUCGAACCCACAAUUGCUGAUCCUCCAGAUACUCAACUAGUCUCAAGAAGGCCAGUUUUAUUGCUUCUUUUGUAUUUUAUUUAUUUUAUUUCACCUUUUAUUUAACCAGGUAAGCCAGUUGAGAACAAGUUCUCAUUUACAACUGCGACCUGGCCAAGAUAAAGCAAAGCAGUGCGAUAAAAACAACAGAGUUACAUAUGGGGUAAAACAAAACAGAAAGUCAAAAAUAAAACAGAAAAUAUAUAUACAGUGUGUGCAAAUGUAGCAAGUUAUGGAGGUAAAGCAAUAAAUAGGCCAUAGUGCAAAAUAAUUAGAAUUUAGUAUUAACACUGGAGUGAAAGAUGUGCAGAAGAUGAUAUGCAAUAGAGAUACUGGGGUGCAAAUGAGCAAAAUAAAUACAUUUACAUUUACAUUUACGUCAUUUAGCAGACGCUCUUAUCCAGAGCGACUUACAAAUAGGUGCAUUCACCUAAAUAACAAUGUAAAUAACAAUAUGGGGAUGAGGUAGUUGGGUGGGCUAAUUACAGAUGGGCUGUGUACAGGUACAGUGAUCGGUAAGCUGCUCUAACAACUGAUGCUUAAAGUUAAUGAGGGAGAUGAGUGUCUCCAGCUUCAGAGAUUUUUGUAGUUCGUGCCAGUCAUUUGCAGCAGAGAACUGGAAGGAAUGGCGGCCAAAGGAGGUGUUGGCUUUGGGGAUGACCAGUGAGAUAUACCUGCUGGAGCGCUGGGUGUUGCUAUGGGGACCAAUGAGCCAAGAUAAGGCGGGGAUUUGCCUAGCAGUGAUUUAUAGAUGACCUGGAGCCAGUGGGUUUGGCAACGAAUAUGUAGUGAGGGCCAGCCAACGAGAGCGUACAGGUCACAAUGGUGGGUAGUAUAUGGGGCUUUGGUGACAAAACGGAUGGCACUGUGAUAGACUACAUCCAAUUUGCUGAGUAGAUUGUUGGAGGCUAUUUUGUAAAUGACAUCGCCGAAGUCAAGGAUCAGUAGGAUAGUCCGUUUUACGAAGGCAUGUUUGGCAGCAUGAAUGAAGGAGGCUUUGUUGUGAAACAGGAAGCCAAUUCUAGAUUUAACUUUGGAUUGGACUUAAUGUGAGUCUGGAAGGAGAGUUUACGGUCUAACCAGACACCUAGGUAUUUGUAGUUGUCCACAUAUUCUAAGUCAGACCCGCCGAGAGUAGUGAUUCUAGUUGGGCGGGCGGGUGCAAGCAGCGUUCGAUUGAAGAGCUUGCAUUUAGUUUUACUAGCGUUUAAGAGCAAUUGGAGGCUACGGAAGGUGUGUUGUAUGGCAUUGAAGCUCGUUUGGAGGUUUGUUAACACAGUGUCCAAUGAAGGGCCAGAUGUAUACAAAAUGCUGUUGUCUGCGUAGAGGUGGAUCUGAGAGUCACCAGCAGCAAGAGCGACAUCAUUGAUAUACACAGAGAAUAGAGUCGGCCCGAGAAUUGAACCCUGUGGCACCCCCAUAGAGACUGCCAGAGGUCCAGACAACAGGCCCUCUGAUUUGACACAUUGAACUCUAUCUGAAAAGUAGUUGGUGAACCAGGCGAGGCAAGUAGUUGAGAAACCAAGGCUAUUUAGUCUGCCAAUAAGAAUGCGGUGAUUGACAGAGUCUAGCCCAGCUGAUUUGUAGGGGUCCAGAUUUUGCAGCUCUUUCAGAACAUCAGCUAUCUAAAUUUGGGUGAAGGAGAAGGGGGGGGGCAUUGGCAAAUUGCAGCGGAGGGUACAGAGCUGGUGGCCGGGGUAGGGGUAGCCAGGUGGAACGCAUGGCCAGCCGUAGCAUAAUGCUUAUUGAAAUUCUCGAUUAUCGUAGAUUUAUCGGUGGUGACAGUGUUUCCUAGCCUCAGUGCAGUGGGUAGCUGGGAGGAGGUGCUUUUAUUCUCCAUGGACUUUACAGUGUCCCAAAACCUUUUGGAGUUAGUGCUAUAGGAUGCAAAUUUCUAAUUGAAAAAGCUAACCUUUGCUUUCCUAACUGAUUGUGUAUAUUGGUUCCUGACUUCCCUGAAAAGUUGCAUAUCGCGGGGGCUGUUCGAUGCUAAUGCAGUACGCCACAGGAUGUUUUUUGUGCUGGUCAAGGGCAGUCAAGUCUGGGGUGAACCAAAGGCUAUAUCUGUUCUUAGUUCUGAAUUUUUUGAAUGGGGCAUGCUUAUUUAAGAUGGUUAGGAAAGCACUUUUGAAGAACAUCCAGGCAUCCUCUACUGACGGAAUGAGGUCAAUAUCCAUCCAGGAUACCCGGGCCAGGUCAAUUAGAAAGGCCUGCUCGCUGAAGUGUUUUAGGGAGCGUUUGACAGUGAUGAAGGGUGGUCAUUUGACCACGGACCCAUUACGGACGCAGGCAAUGAGGCAGUGAUCGCUGAGAUCCUGGUUGAAGACAGCUGAGGUGUAUUUAGAGGGUAAAUUAGUCAGGAUGAUAUCUAUGAGGGUGCCCAUGUUUACGGAUUUAGGGUUGUACCUGAUAGGUUUAGAUUGUAGGAUGGCCGGGGUGUUAAGCAUAUCCCAGUUUAGGUCACCAAGCAGUACGAACUCUGAGGAUAGAUGGGGGGCAAGCAAUUCACAUAUGGUGUCCAGGGCACAAUUGGGGCUGAGGGGGGUCUGUAGCAAGCGGCAACAGUCAGAUACCUUUUUCUGGAAAGGUGGAUUUUUAGAAGUAGAAGCUCAAACUGUUUGGGCACAGACCUGGAUAGUAUGACAGAUCUCUACAGUAGAUUGCAACUCCGCCCCCUUUGGCAGUUCUAUCUAGACGGAAAAUGUUGUAGUUCGGGAUGGAAAUUCCUGAAUUUUUGGUGGCCUUCCUAAGCCAGAUUUCAGACACUGCUAGAACAUCAGGGUUGGCAGAGUGUGCUAACGCAGUGAAUAACUCAAACUUGGAGAGGAGGCUUCUGAUGUUAACAUGCAAGAAACCAAUGCUUUUACGGUUACAGAAGUCAACAAAUGAUAGCUCCUGGGGAGUAGGAGUGAUACUGGGGGCUGCAGGGCCUGGGUUAACCUCUACAUCACCAGAGGAACAGAGGAGGAAUAUAAUAAGUAUACGGCUAAAGGCUUUAAGAACUGGUCUUCUAGUGCGUUGGGUACAGAGAAUAAACGGGGCAGAUUUCCGGGCGUUGUAGAAUAGAUUCAGGGCAUUAUGUACAGACAAGGAUAUGGAGGGAUAUGAGUACAGUGGAGGUACACCUAAGCAUUGGGUAACGAUGAAAGAGAUAGCAUCACUGGAGGUACCGAUUGAGCCGGUCUCCACGUGUAUGGGGGUUGGGACAAAGGAGCUAUCUGAGGCAGGUUGAGCGGGACUGGGGGCUGUGAAAUAGUACAAUAACAACUAACCCAAACAGCAAUAGGCUAGGCAUAUUGACAUGGGACAGAGGCAUAACGCAAUCACAGGUGUUAUUUGAGAGGGCUAAGACAACAACUGGUAAUGGUGACGAAAGUUUGGGCUUAGGCUAAACAAGAUAAACAGGAUGGGGUACCGUGUAAAGGAACAGUCCAGCGGGCAUCAGAUGUGUAGUUGAGUGAUCAUAAGGUCCAGUGAACAGCAAUAGGUAAGUCCGGGAGCAGUUCGUAGGCUGCUACAGGACAGGCGAGCAGGAGGCACGGCUGUUGAUUGCGCGUGCUAGCGGGCCGGUGCUAGCAGAUGGAUCUUCGUGAUCAUCGCAACGGGAAGCCUGUUGAAACCACAUCAGACGAUUACGUCGGCAGACCAGUCGUGAUGGAUCGGCAGGGCUCCGUGUCGACACUAGGAGGUCCCGUCCGGUUGACAGUGAGGUGGAUAGCCGGGAGAUGGGCCUGGCUCGAGGCUAGCUCAAGGCUAACUGGUGCUAGCUUUGGGACAAGUGGUGAUUAGCCAACAACAACAUCCAUUCGGUUGCAGCUAGCUAGUUUUGAUGAUCCGGUGUUAAAUUUCAGUGAUUCCGGCAGAAAAUCCUAAAUGCUCUGGGUCGAUAGCACGCUGUGCAGACUGGCCGAUAAUUGUCCAGGCUAGAGCUGGCUGGUAGGUAGUGCAGGCCACAGACAGUGGUGAAGACCGCUAACGGUGGCUAAUAGCAAUAGCUAAUAGCAAGUAGCUAGUUAGCUGGCUAGUUUCAGCCGUGGGUUCUUGAUAAAAGGUAUGAAGAAAUAAUAGAAUCCGUUCCACAUUGGGUGAGGCGGGUUGCAGGAAAGUAUAUUUAGUUAAGGAUGGAAAGUGAGAUUGAGAAAUAUAUACGAAAAAAAAACUAUUUACACAAGGACACAACAUAAUCCACGACCGCACUGCUAUGCCAUCUUGGAUUAUCAUUGAUCAGCACAACAGUUUUCAGCAAUGCUAACAUAAUUGCAAAAGGGUUGUCUAAUGAUCAAUUAGCCUUUUAAAAUGAUAAACUUGGAUUAGCAAACACAACAUGCCAUUGGAACACAGGACUGAUGGUUGCUGAUAAUGGGCCUCUGUACGCCUAUUUAGAUAUUCCAUAAAAAAUCUGCCGUUUCCAGCUACAAUAGCCAUUUACAACAUUAACAAUGUCUACACUCUAUUUCUGAUCAUUUUGUUGUUAUUUUAAUGGACAAAGAAAUUGCUUUUCUUUCAAAAACAAGGAAAUUAUCUAAGUGACCCCAAACUUUUGAACGGUAGUGUACAUUACAUGCAAAAAACAACCACAAGAUAUUGCCUGCAUUCUUUGUUUAGCAGGGUGUUUUCUUUAUUCAGAGGGAGCUGAAGAAUACCAAGUUAUCAAUCAGAAGUAUACUUUCUACCAGAAAGUUUUGCUUUGUUCUGUUUUUGAAAUGUAGCGUUAAAAUCACUAUGAACACUGCCAGUUGAAUUUUUGAAUCGUAGCUUGCUCUUUGUGUCAAUGUUUUUGGAUCAACGUUGAAACAGUAUGCAUGCUCUCAAAUCAAGCUCCCAGACUCGAGCAACAACAACAAAACUAAGAAUAUAAUUAUGUUUGGGCGCAUUGUAGGGUACGUCAAUGACUACACAUGGAAGGUAACAUUUGAUAUCACUGAAUAUGGCCAAAGUCCUAUCCCAGACACCAUUUUAUUGCCAUUAGUUUACACAUUUAUUAGCCUACAUCUGAUGUUUGCUUUGCACUUUGUCAUUUGUCUUUGCACUUUGAAAACUUUGUCUACUGGGUGUUUUUGCAGGCAGAAGCUGACUCAGGAGUACUCACAGCAGGUGUCAUCUGUGCUGCAGCAAUGGGAGAUUGAUGCACAGAAAUCAGAGGAUCAGGAGGAAAAAUUGAAUGUCAGUGCUAUUCUGUAUAAUGAUAAUACAACUCUUUCGGGACUCACACACAGUAUACAGCUGAAAUGUAACAUUGUCUUUUCCUCUGUAGAACCUGUUUCGCCAGCAACAAAAGCUGUUCCAGCAGGCUAGAGUGGUGCAAAGCCAGAAACUGAAAACCAUCAAAGAGCUAUACGAGCAGUUCAUUAAGGUGAGUGCCAGAUGACAGUUUCCUCUUACAAUGUUAGGUCUGAUGCAAAUGCUCCCAAAGACACUGAUCCAUAGCUGGAAUUCCAUCAUUACAGAUGGUGAAUUUUAUACAUUACGUUUUCACAAGUGUUUUUGAUUUGCACAUCAGUAUGGUACUUAAUUUACAAAUCGGCUGUCCUGUGGCAUUCGCAAGAUGACUUCUCCGUCAGGUUUGUUUUCAGUAUUUACGGGUCAUCCGGCACAUGCUAUGGGAGUACCAAUUUAUAAAUGACGUGUUAACUCGCUGCUGUUCUCCAACACACUGCUGUACAAAUCAAAACACCUGUUAAGUUGAAGUGCAAAAAAACGCUAUUUGGAAUGAUUCAAUUUCAACCCAGAUCUUUCUAUGAAGUUAAUCAAAAUAAUUGAAACUCUUGGGUUUGUUAUAUUUUCUUUUUAAGAACAUGGAGGAGAUGGAGAAGAGCCAUGAGACCUUCCUGCAGGGGGCACAGGUGGAGCUGAAGAAGGAGAUGGCAGUGUUGCAGAAUAAAAUUAUGAUGGACACUGUGAGUUACGCAAUGUCAAAUCGCAUUUACAGUUUUUGACCAACUGUACACUGUCAAGACACAAUUAAGUUAAGAUCAGUUAAUUGGCUUGGCUCAAAGCUAGCAAAUUCACGUCAUGUAGCCUUCAUGUCUGAGGGUUAAUUAAAGUAAAUUGAAACCACAUUAAUUUAUGACGGAAAUUAUGUUGCGUCCAACUCCCACUCAUUUCUGGCUACCACUGAGUUAUGGCAAAUCUGGAAUGGUUUCCCAUUGGUCACUUGUGUGUUAUAACAUCUCUCUCUGUCUCCACAGCAACAGCAGGAGAUGGCCACUGUCCGCAAGUCUCUUCAGUCUAUGCUGUUCUAG